AAAGCUUGGAACAUAACAUUAACUCCUCAAACCACCAUGGAAGGAGGACUUUUCUCUGCUCACAAGCCUACUUUUCUUCUUCUUCUCCUUCAUAUUUUCCUGCUUGCUCUGCUUCCAUUCAAGGCCAUUUCAUCACCAAAAACACAGGCAGAAGCUUUGCUAACUUGGAAGAACACCUUUGCUUCUGCACCACCUUCUCUCCCUUCAUGGUCCCUCACUAACCUCAACAAUCUUUGCAACUGGUAUGCCAUUGUUUGUGACCAGAGCAGCAAACAAGUUUCCCAAAUUGACCUCUCCAACUUCGACAUCUCUGCAACGCUAACCCAUUUCAACUUCUCCCCAUUUCUCAAUCUCACCCAAUUCAACCUCAAUGGCAACAAUUUCACAGGGCCUGUGCCCUCUGCCAUUGGCAACCUCUCCAAGCUCACAACUUUGGACUUGGGCAACAACUUUUUCGAUCAAGAAAUACCUGUGGAGAUAGGCAAGUUAACAGAGCUCAAGUAUCUGAGUUUCUUCUACAACACUCUCACUGGUGUAAUUCCCCGUCAGCUUAGCAAUCUCCAAAAGGUACAGUUUUUAAUUCUUGGAGGAAACGGCUUCUCCUCAGAUCCUUACUGGUCUAAAUUUUCAGGCAUGCCUUCUUUGACAUACCUUGAUCUUUCUGAAAAUCAUGUAUAUUCAGAAUUCCCAGAAUUUAUAUCUAAAUGUUUGAACUUGACAUUCCUGGACUUGUCUGGAAAUUACUUUACUGGCCAAAUACCACAACAAGUAUUUACCAAUCUGAGAAGGCUUGAAUAUCUCAAUCUCAACAACAACGACUUCGAAGGACCACUGCCAUCAAACUUUCCCAAGCUUAAACACCUUCAUUUCGCACACAACAAUUUCACAGGGCCUAUACCGCCUUCUAUAGGCCAACUCAGAGAGCUCCAGCACCUUGAUCUUAAAUUGAAUUCCUUAGCCUCUUCAAUCCCAUCUGAGCUUGGUCUUUGUACCAAACUCACCAACUUGGCCCUGUCUUCCAAUCACCUUGAAGGGAAAAUUCCGCCUUCUAUAGGCCAACUCAGAGAGCUCCAGCACCUUGAUCUUAAAUUGAAUUCCUUAGCCUCUUCAAUCCCAUCUGAGCUUGGUCUUUGUACCAAACUCACCAACUUGGCCCUGUCUUCCAAUCACCUUGAAGGGAAAAUUCCGCCUUCUAUAGGCCAACUCAGAGAGCUCCACCGCCUUGAUCUUAGUAACAAUUCCUUAAGUUCUUCAAUCCCUUCAGAGCUUGGUUUUUGUACCAUCCUCACCCACUUGGAUCUUUCGAGAAACCAACUCUCUGGGUCAAUUCCUUUAACACUAUACAAACUUCCAUCACUCCAGUACCUUGAUCUUGGAGAUAAUUUCUUAAACUCUUCAAUCCCUUCUGAGCUUGGUCUUUGUACCAACCUCACCGACUUGUACCUGACUUCCAAUCACCUUGACGGGAAAAUUCCACCUUCUAUAGGCCAACUCAGAGAGCUCCGGUACCUUGAUCUUGGUAACAAUUCCUUAAACUCUUCAAUCCCAUCUGAGCUUGGUUUUUGUACCAGCCUCACCUACUUGAACCUGACUUCCAAUCACCUUGAAGGGAAAAUUCCACCUUCUAUAGGCCAACUCAGAGGGCUUCUGUACCUUGAUCUUAGUAACAAUUCCUUAAAUUCUUCAAUCCCUUCUGAGCUUGGUUUUUGUACCAGCCUCACCUACUUGAACCUGACUUCCAAUCACCUUGAAGGGAAAAUUCCACCUUCUAUAGGCCAACUCAGAGGGCUUCUGGACCUUGAUCUUAGUAACAAUUCCUUAAAUUCUUCAAUCCCUUCUGAGCUUGGUUUUUGUACCAGCCUCACCUACUUAGCCCUGGCUUCCAAUAAACUCAAUGGGGAACUGCCUCUGUCCUUCUCAAAUCUGAACGACAUCACGGAUCUGAGUUUAUUUGCUAAUCGGCUUACCGGUCCACUCUUGCCCUCUCUGCUCUCCCGUUGGACCGAAGUGGUCUCUUUGCAACUUCAACACAACAGCUUUAGUGGGAGUAUUCCACCAGAUAUAGGAAGAUUAUCACAUUUGAUAAGCUUGGAUCUUUCGGGAAACCACCUCUCUGGGUCAAUUCCUCCAACACUAAGCAACCUUUCAAAUAUUCAGAUCUUAAAUCUUUCCAACAACAAUCUCAAUGGCCCAUUCCCGCCAGAGAUUUGUGCCCUCUACAUGAUAGAUUUGUCUAAUAACAAUUUGACACAGGAAAUCCAAAAAGCCCCCGACGAUACUUUUGUUGGAGAGUUUGGCUUUUGUGGAGAUGCUAGAGCGCGCAAUUCCAAAAAAAAUAACAACAAAGUUAUAAUUGGUGUCCUUGUACCUGUUUGUGGUUUAUCAGUGGUUGCAACUACAAUUGCUCUUAUUCUUAUGUUCCAUAAGAAAACCAAGCGUGUUCUUAAGAAAAUCCAUAGUGCUCAAAACUUUGAGAAUUUUGAGUCAAUGAUAUUGCAAGAAGAAGUAAAAUUUACGUUUGGGGAAGUUGUAAAGGCCAUAGACGAUUUUCAUGAGAAGUACUGUAUUGGAAAAGGAGGAUUUGGAAGAGUAUACAAGGCAGAGUUGCUAUCAGGUCAAGCUGUUGCAGUUAAGAGGCUUAACACGUCAGACUCUAACGACAUUCCAGCAAUCAAUCUCCAAAGUUUUGAGAAUGAAAUCCGAACUCUGACAAAUAUCCGGCAUAGGAACAUCAUUCGGCUAUAUGGGUUCUGUUCAAGGAGGGGAUGCAUCUUCUUGCUUUAUGAAUAUUUAGAAAGAGGCAGCCUGGGAAAGGCAUUGUAUGGGGUUGAUGGGGUAAUUGAACUUGGAUGGGCUACAAGGGUCAAAGUUGUGAAAGGAUUAGGUCAUGCACUUUCUUACUUGCACCACGACUGCUCUCCACCAAUUGUGCACCGUGAUGUAACUGUCAACAAUGUGUUGCUCGAGUCAGAUUUCGAAGCCCGACUUUCUGAUUUUGGAACAGCAAGACUGAUUAGUGCCAAUUCGUCCAACUGGACCCAUAUCGUUGGCUCAUUUGGCUACAUGGCACCAGAGCUUGCAUUGACAAUGCGAGUCACGGAUAAGUGUGAUGUGUACAGCUUUGGAGUGGUGGCGCUGGAAGUUAUGAUGGGAAGGCACCCAGGGGAUCUGCUAGAAUUCCAGCUUUCUGAAUCAUCACAAUCAAUGAAGGAGGACAAUGCAGAGUUGCUUUUGAAGGAUUUGUUAGACCAAAGGCUGGAGGCUCCAAGAAAUGAAUUGGCAAAGGCAGUGGUGCUUGUGAUGAGUUUAGCCUUGACUUGUAUACGUACGCGUCCCGGGUCUCGGCCUACAAUGCUUUAUGUAGCACAAAAACUAUCAGUUCAAAGUCUGCCUUCCCUUCCUUUACCAUUUGGCAUGCUAACCAUCAACAAGCUGAUGGGGAUAUAAAACUAGAAGGAAAAAAAAUAAAACUAGUUACAUAAUUUAUGUUAUCUAUUUUAG